AUGAAUUAAUUAAAUAGUGAUCUGAAAUCAUAAAUCAUCGAGUAUUUUGAAGAACUGCAAAACAAAUUGAAUCACAUCGGCUAUUCAAACAUACGUGUUAUAUUACCAGACGAUAUUGCAGUAACAUUUAAAUACAUCACCCGCAUCCUAGACUAGUUUAUAGAGUAAAUACUAAUUAUGUACAUUAAAGAUUGCAUUAAGAGAUGACAGAAUAAUAUGAGUUGCUGGAACAUUCAUUAUAAAAGAUCGAAUCGGAAAAUCGAUAUCACAUUCAUGUUCAUUUUAUCAUUUAUUUCAGAUAGAGCAAAGAUUGAAGAUUCAUUGCGAUGAAUUAGAAGAGAGUCUGUUGUAGAAGGAUGACCAACACAAAAUACUUCAGAUGAAGAUUGAAGUAAUAAUCAUUCAUCCAAUUUUAAGCUCUAUGAAAGACAAAUCAUGCAAUUGAAGAAAGAAAUUGAUGUCGCAUCCAGGAGACGAAUAGAAACCGAGAAGAGUGUAACUGAUACCCAAUCAAGAGUAAGCAUUUCUACUUACCGAAGCAAUACUUAAUGAUAAAUGGCAUACCCUCAUAAUCAAUAUUCAAACAAAUAACAAAACCAAAGACUCGAAUGCAGACGGAAUCUAUUGAGAUCAACAAGGUGAGGUCUAUCUCCUCCCUAGACUACAAUAACUUUUCGGUUUUAGUUAGAAGGAAUGAUGAACGAAAAAAGAGAUCAUCCACCAUUUAAAUCAAAUAAAAAAAGUGA